AUGAAGACUUCCUCGUUGGUCACUACAGGCAUCCUGGUGAUAGCGAGUGCCGAUGCCUUCGCCCACUACGCCAAUGCUUUGAAACGGUCCGGCAAGCUUAGCAGCGAGGAUGCGGCGAAACUCGAUGCUAUCGAGCGCGAUCCAAGAGCCGCAGAAGAUAUCAUCCUGGAGGAGCAAGGGCGUAGCGAGCAAUAUCCCAGGCGCGAUCCAAAUGCGGCAACGUCAUCUUCCGGAUCGUUGUUGGAUCUUCUUCCUCUAGGAGGCGGUCUUUUAAAUGGCAUUCUUCAGCCUCUGAGCGGUGCUUUGGAGGCCAUAGAUAUUCCGACACCGCAGCCCUUUGGCUUGAAAAAGAUUCCAGGCGACGAGCCCAACCAUCAAUUCCAGAAGCCAGGACCGACAGACGUUCGGGGCAUGUGUCCUACACUGAAUGCAUUAGCGAACCACGGUUAUAUCAGUCGAGACGGAAUCUCCAGCUUCGCAGAAGUCGCCAACGCCUGUCAGACGGGGUUCGGACUGGGCUACGACGUAUCUGUCCUUCUGUCGGCAUUUGCUCUGGCUGCUGGCGGUGAUCUGAUCUCGGGCAAAUACUCCAUCGGUGGCCAAGACGACCGUGUACCCAAUACUCUCGGCCUAGCUCCAGGCCUUGACAGUCACGGCGUGUUCGAAAUUGAUACUAGCAUCACACGCCAAGACACUCACUGGGGUAAUAACGCUAACUUCAUCAAUGAUCGCUGGCUGCAAUACGUCGCUCUCGCAGACAAGCAUGGCGGCCAAUUCAACUUCGAUGCCAAUGUCGAAGACGCCUCGAACCGAUACGACACUUCGCGAAAAUACAACCCAUCAUUCCUCGCAGGGUUCUUGUGGUUCUUCGUCACGCAUGUAGAGAGAGUUUUCGUGUUUAGCCUUCUUCCAAACGGCACGAACGAAGGUGUAGCCGACUACGCCAACGUCGCCCCCUUCUUCCUCAACGAGACCUUUCCACCGAACUGGUACAGGAGAGCAACGCCUUGGAACGCAGUCCAGAACUUCGGAACAGCGGCCGAGAUGUUUCUCGCUGCUCCUCGAGAAUUAGGCGCGAAUGUUGGAACCGGGAACUUCAUACCUUUGGGUGCCAACCUCACGGCUCAAACUCCAGAGGACAUUACGUGCUUCAUCACGAUGAACUUGCUCGAUCUAAUCCCGGCACAACUACAGCAACCUGCUUUGUUGGGCAAUCAAGACCUCUUCCAGGCGUUCUGGAAGGGUGUAGUCUGGCCAUUCUUCGUCAAUGAUGGGCAUUACAACUGUCCGAUCCAAGAGUUCACUGGCCCUAGUCAAUCUGCUGGCGUCAAAGGCAACGUGUACAGUGCAUCAGGCUCGCCCGUCAAUGGAAAAUACGAUGGCCUGGGCUAUAUUGCGCCAGAUGGCUUGUCGUAA